AUGUCUGCACCGAUAAGCUUGCCCUUUUCCCCCGGGGGACCACCGCCAUUGGCACAAAGUCCUACUCUCCCGAAAGACGACUACUUCCAGAACCUCCCCACAGAACUCCGCAUUGCAACCAUACACAGAUGCCACUCCGCCAUCGACAUCAAAGCCCUCAUCUUAGCAUCGCCUGCUAUGCUGGCUUGCCUUGAAGAAAUUAGAUCACGUUGUCUACAAGGCGUGGCAGAGAGGCUCAAGUACCAGAUCCAAUUCGACUCAGUGCUUCCGCUGGCUUUACUAGCUGGCCGCCUUCGGCACGUUCGUGAGAAGUACCAAGGAUCCUCGAGAGAAGUCCUGAGAAGAAAGAUACAGCAGAUUCUCAAACAAAAGAUUCAUAUAAAAGGAUAUGAGAAAAACUUGUCCGUUCUUUGCCAGCUUACCACUCUCUUCCAAAACGGCAAAAAAAUCGUAUCACAGACCGGCCCACGGACCCCAUCGAUGCCGCUUCCUACGCCACUUCAUACGCAAUUUCAUACGUCGUACUUCGUGUUAUUAAUGCUUAAAGAAUCCCAGGAAUACCGCGAAAUGUGGGAAAGAGAAGGAUUGGAGGCAUAUUUACGUUUCCAUGGCUACUGCAAUGCCUUUUUCUAUGGUCACGAGCCCCUGUUCGAGGAGAGUACAGUUCUUGAGGAGCGAUUCCUCCGUCUCUCUGGCAUCGAAGAAAACAGGGGUGAGGCCCUCGUGGUAUUCUGA